AUGCACAUUAUAGCGGACCUACUGCGUGUUCUGACUAGGAGCCAUUUGGUCACGCCACGGAUAAUCGAUUAUGUGGUGCACCGCUCCGCAGAUAUGAUCGCCUCCGCCCAGAACCUCCUUUUAAGUCCGACCAAUCAGAUCGACGCUAUUAAUAGCAAUUGGCUCAUGCGUGCUGAAAAUCCGAAGCCGGACCCAGUAAAAGACCCCUUUAAUUAUGUGAUGGGCCCAUUCGCGGCGGUGCACGUAUGCAAGGCGCUUGUGUGGGUGUGUCGCGAGUUGCACAAAGACUUAUAUCGUGUACAGACCGGAAGGGCUUCCUGGUAUCAAUACAGAAAGUCACCGCCAACCCGUACUGUUUCGUCGGGAUCUGAAUACGUAAAUGAUGAUCAUAUACGUACCGAUGAGAAUUGUCAUCUCCAAGCAGAAACACACUACGAAGCGACUCGGCGCAUACUGAUGAACCGAAAACUUUCCCCGAGAGAACGGAGACGGAAGAAGGACAAGGUGGUCAUUGAACGUCAGGAGAUGGUUAUACAAGGGUAUGCCGAGGAACUCAGUCUGGCCAAAUCCAGCACACGUACCAUGGUCAACCUCACCACAGACUACGUUCUCAGCUGCCUGGAGACUCAGUCGACCCACACCCACGCUCAGCUGGGUGCACACGUGCGCACAGGCACACAAGCACCCCACACGCUCCUGGAGGGUAAGGCAGGCCGGGCUAUAGGGGCGUGGGAGGUGUCUUUGCUAGUUAAGUGUAUGGGCCAGACCGGCAGUAUGACGGAGUAUCAACUGAAGCAGCUGACACACGUGUUUGCCACUCAUAUGCACUCGUUUAAUCUGAGGUUUCUGGCCAAGACAUCACGAUGGCUGGUGGCCGCGUGCCUGAAGGGCGGAUACGAAAUACC